CAGAAACAGACGUGCCUUCAACUUGCAUUAUGCGUCAUAGUGUUGCGGACAAUGAAUACUGCUGUUUGCAGGCCAACUGAGUGAAGAUUUUCAGAGAUUGAUCACUUCUUUUCGCUGGGUUUGAAACCCUUUGCCUGAAGAACUUGGAAGGAAACAGCGUGCUCCGUUUUUAUCCAAGAAAAUAUACAUAUAUUGGAGGCAUCUCAUUUAGCUUGUGGACUUCCUUGGGACCCAGUGAUGGUGAUGCUUCUGGGGCUACUCUUUCUGUUUGUGGACAUUUUGGAAUCCACAGCUACGGAGGCCUUAAGAAGUGAAGUUCUUGAACUCACGGCAUCUCGGCUAAUCGAUGGACACAAUGAUCUGCCCUUGAAAUUAAGAUGGUUUCACCACAACAAGCUCAGCACAAUUGACUUGAAGACACUCGGCGGUACCAACACCAACAUUGAGAAACUCCAGGCUGGCCAUGUUGGGGUGCAGUUUUGGUCAGUCUAUGUUCUCUGUGGCGCACAGAACAAAGACGCUGUGCGUUUGACACUAGAACAAAUCGAUGUAGUCAAACGGAUGUGUGACGACUAUGAAGAACUGGAACUGCUGACAUCUUCGGAGGGCAUUGAGAGUCUUCGCCCCGAGAAGAUAGGAUGCUUGAUCGGCAUUGAAGGCGGUCAUUCCAUGGACAGCAGUCUGGCCACCUUGAGGAUGUUCUAUGAUCUGGGCGCCCGGUACAUGACUUUGACGCAUGUGUGCAACACUCCCUGGGGCAGAACUUCAACGAAAGGCAGAAAUAAUUUCUAUCCUGAUGUUAAAGGCUUGACUCCUUUCGGCAUCGUAAGAGAAAUGGUGAGCGAGAUGAAUCGCCUGGGGAUGAGGGUAGACCUAUCGCACACCUCUCAAGAGACCGCAAAAACUGUUCUUAGGGUCUCCAGAGCACCUGUCAUUUUCAGCCAUUCUUCUGCUAACUCUGUCCUGCCACCAUGCCAGGAAUGUCCAGAUGACAUUCUCCUACAGCUUAAAGAGAACCGUGGAAUUAUAAUGGUGACGUUCCCUAUGAAGUUUUUGGCUUGUGGAAGUAAGACAGUUAACAUUGCAACUGUUGCAGAUCACUUUGACCACAUAAAGAAAAUUGCAGGUUCAUCUUCAAUAGGAAUUGGUGGUGACUAUGAUGGAGAAACUCGAUUUCCUACGGGACUGGAAGAUGUUUCAAAAUAUCCAGACUUAAUUGAAGAACUGCUGAGGAGAGGCUGGUCCAAGGAUGAACUCCGAGGCAUUCUGAGGGGGAACUUACUUCGUGUUUUCAAAGAAGUAGAAAAUGUGAAGAAGAGCAUGCAAGAGAAGGCAAGCGAAGUGGAAAUCCCACUUGAACAGGUGGCUCACACCUGUCGCCUAGAGCUGAGGCCUCCAACUUCAUCAAGGAACAAUUCCUGCAGUCUGAUUCGCAUGGGGCUACUGGAAAUCUUCGUCUUUACUCUAGGAAUGUACAUGAUGCUACCCUGAUGUUGAUUCCGGCCACAGUGCCAAGAGCUGCUUCUUCCAAAGUUAAGACAGAUACGAAGAACAACACUAUUUAUUGCCACUAACUCUGAGACCGUCAAUGCUCCCUGCUUCAUUUGCACAAAACAUUAAAAGAAUGACCCAAAAGUGCUUUCUCUGCACAACUGGACUUUCUUGGGUUUU